AUGGCCAACAUCAAAGAUCUGAAAAUGCAGUGCAAGAUUACUGAGCUGCGAAGCGCUGGGCUACAGGAAAAGUCGUAUCGAGAAAAUAUGUUCUGGACUGCCCUGAACGAACGUUUCGGCACUAGCAAGCCAAAAGUCAGCAAGCUAGAGGCUAGUAAGCCAAAAAUUCCGCAGAUCAGACGCGAACAAGACACAAGCGCAAUGCCGCACGCGUCUUCAAGCAUCGCCUACACAAACAUGAGCAUGGAGAUGAGCGACAUGCUUCCAAUGGAGCUUCGCGACAUGAUAUACGGAGACAUCAUGCCCAGCCAUGUCAAAUUCAGAAAAGCCGAAGCUGGCGGUAUAUUUUUCGAGAACGUGGACGAUGGAAAACGUUUCGACCUCGCUCAUUACAAGGGCUUGGGCCCAGCUAUCUACCUGGAGUUUGUCGCGCGCUUCUAUCGCGCGACCCAAUUCUCCCUCGAACUUCCUAGUGAAGAAGAGAACAUAGCACUGUUUCUCGCUUCCGGUACAUCAGGACUGCAACUUGAUCUGAAUAAGCUAGUCUCGAGAAUCUCGCUUGAUAUUUACGAGCGCCACUUUGAGAAGAUGGAAGAGAAAGGGCAUGAAUUCGGCUUUGACACUCCGUUUACAAGAGCCUCGCCGCCCAUCACCGAGUUAUUAAUGCGCCAAGAAACCCCCAAGAUGGUUAUUAAGCGACGUCUCGAUUUUCUCACCACUUUGCUGCCAAUGGAAAGCAACAGCCGCAUUCUCACAGUCGCCAUACAAUACGACGUAAGACACAGGAACUAUCUGCUCAAUAUCCUACUGCCAAUCCUCCAAAAGCUCAAAAACAAGGGCUGGAGACUAGAUCUGAAGCUUGAGGAUUACGAGACAGCGUCGGGCCGAUGCGCGAACUUUACUGAGAACACGCUGGACUUCACGACGAAAGGCUGCUUGGAAGGUGUGCAGAAGUGGCUUCAGGUUAGUAAGAUAUGA